UGAUUGGCUUGCAUUUUGAUAAAUACCAUCUUCUUCUUCUUCUCAGUUAUUUAGUUAUAGCUUUCCUUCUUUCUUGGAAAGAGUCUGUAAAUGGCACCUGAGGUUGCCAGAGAAAAAGCUUCGGAUAUGGUUCAAGCCAAAGGCUUUGCAGUGUCCAACACCUCAAAAGGAGGCUUCUUUACGGUUCAAACCAUGGUCAGGGUUUUUGCUGCUGUUUCUACAUUGGCUGCAAUCUGCGUCAUGGCGACAAGCUCCCAGACCAUUGUUCUAUUCGGCUUCACCAUUAAAGCUCACUAUAGCUACUCAUCUGCUAUGAGGUUUUUAUUUGUGACAAAUGCUAUAGUAAGUGUAUCUUCUGUGCUUUCACCGAUCUUUCUCUACCGUUUGAGAAGUUCAGGAUCAAGUCCCAAGAGCUUCUUCUAUCUGUUUUUGCAUGACAUGGUAAGCAACUUGUUGGUGAUUAUGUUGCUGGCGAUAUCCGGGUGCGCGGCAUCGACGGCAGUGGGCUAUGUCAGUAGAUAUGGAGAAGAAAAAAUGGGCUGGAUGGCUAUUUGCAAUCGUGUGAGCAAGUUUUGCAACCAUAUGACGACAGCCAUGGUGUUAUCUUACUUGGCUUUCUUUUCCUACUUUGCUCUUGCUGUUAUGUCCAGCUGCAAAGUCAUGUAUCGAGCCAAUGAUGAGUACCAAAGCAAUGAAAGGCAAGCUGGUUCUUGAAGAUUAAUUAUCAAAAGGGAAGCCGCUUCUUCAACUCGGGUCAUGAAAAUUUCUUAUUUUUCUGUUUUUAGGGGUUUAAAUGCUGUUUCUUCAGAAAAUUACACUGCUGGUAGGAGGUAAAAUAUACUUUGUAACUGAAAUUAAGUACUUUAUGUCUUAUUGUUAUAAUCAGAUUAGAGUUUGUAAAAUGUCUUUAGGACAACGUUAGCUAUGGUAGCAUGCAGCAAGGUCUUAUGAGAUUGCUAUAAAAAGCCCUAAGUUGGACAGCGUGUCACCCGAACCUUAGUUGUCACGUCUUAAAGAUAACUGCAUGGAUUGUUUGCUUGGAACAAAAGCAAGCUAAUUCUGUUGAUCUUAAACACCUGGGUUAUAAGGUUCA